AUGUCCAAUGAUCAAUCUGAACAAUUAUCAGGUGAAGGUCCUACAAACCUUCCAAACGAAAUCUUGGAAGAACUGGAGAACAGCUCGUCCAUCAAUUUACAGAAAAACAUCAAAGAAUUUGUUAAGAACCUUCCAAAGUACGAAGGUAGGGAAUGGACCAACAGUGAGAUUUUCAACAAAGAGUUCCACAGAGAACUUAAAAGGAAAACUGUGGAUGCCCUCCAAAGCACAAACGCAGUAUACAAGGGAGCUGAUCGACUUAUCAUCGCAGGAAGAGCAGCAACUGGCCUUUACGAAGAAUGUCAACAAUUUCUUGAAUCAGGAGGAAGCGAAGAACAGUUCUUUCACAUUAUGGAAGGCAUCAGACAACUCGCAGUUUACUCAUACGCCACGAGUAAGACCACCAAAAGUGAAGCUAGGACAAUGGCGAUCAAGGCGCUCAGGCUCCCCGAUAGCGUCAAACACUUGGAAGAAGAACCAAGUGACAAGGCCUUGGCCUUGGGCAGAGAAGAAGUUGAAAGAAUCUUUCAAGCCAGAUACGAACAGUCCAUCCUCAGAAAUGCAGUGGGACGACAACAAUAA